AUGUCAUCUAUGAAUACUAUUCUAUAUGUUGUAUACAAUGUAAAAAGCAAAAUAUAGCAAAUUUCACUUUCGUAUUCUAAAUUUUCCCUGUUUUCUUUGAGAAAGGCAAAAUUUACAAAAUUACAAGUGCAGUUAUUUUUUCCGGCAGUUUAUGUUUUGUGUCAAUUACUUCCAAUACGACAUAUUUUGCCAACAUUAACAAGUCAGUGAACGAUUGUUUACUAACCAAACAGAAUGAACACCGUAUAUAACCUAUAAUGUAAUUAUGUGUUCCAAAUAUAUGUAUGAAAAUCAUAAUGAUGCCGUGAUAAAGAUAUUUUAUUAAAUUACAUUAGAAUUGUGAAAGAAAAGAAAAUGUCGAAGAAUAAACUAAAUUUAAAACUCCCUCCUGUGUCAAUUGACCAGACACCAACAAUAACUCCAACAGGAGCUUCGUUUCAAGAACCUGCAAAUAUGAAUAAUUUAGUUCGAAAAUCCAGUAUAGACAAUCUAACAGCUCGAUUAGAAGAACUUGACAUGGAUGAUAUUCAAAGAAAACGUAUUGAAGUAUUCUUAUGUCAGAAAGAGCAAAUGGGUGAACUAAGUGAUGAUGAUUUUGAAAAACUUGGAGAAUUAGGUUCAGGAAAUGGUGGAGUAGUAAUGAAAGUGAGGCAUAAGUCUAGCAGACUUAUAAUGGCCAGAAAACUGAUACAUUUAGAAGUGAAAGCAGCUAUUAAAAAACAAAUUAUAAGAGAACUUAAAGUGCUACAUGAAUGCAAUUUUGCUCAUAUCGUUGGGUUUUAUGGAGCAUUUUACAGUGAUGGUGAAAUAAGUAUAUGUAUGGAGUAUAUGGAUGCAGGAUCAUUGGACUUAAUUUUGAAGAAAGCAGGGCGCAUUCCAGAAAACAUUCUUGGUAAAAUAACAUCAGCAGUUUUAAAGGGACUAAGCUACUUACGAGACAAACAUGCUAUUAUGCACAGAGAUGUUAAGCCAAGUAACAUUCUAGUAAAUAGUAAUGGAGAAAUAAAAAUAUGUGAUUUUGGAGUAUCUGGACAACUUAUUGAUUCAAUGGCUAAUUCAUUUGUUGGCACACGAAGUUAUAUGUCACCUGAAAGACUUCAAGGUACACAUUAUUCUGUUCAGAGUGAUAUAUGGUCUCUAGGGCUUUCAUUAGUAGAAAUGGCCAUAGGAAUGUAUCCUAUCCCUCCUCCUGAUGCUAAAACAUUAGCUAAUAUAUUUGGCCCUAACCAAGAUAGUGACCCAUCUAAUUCAUCUAAUGGCCCAAGACCAAUGGCUAUAUUUGAGCUGUUAGACUAUAUAGUUAAUGAGCCUCCACCAAAACUUCCAGCUGGAAUUUUCAGUGAUGAAUUUAAAGACUUUGUUGACCAAUGUUUGAAAAAGAAUCCGGAUGAAAGAGCCGAUUUAAAAACACUUAUGGAUCAUCCUUGGAUAAAACGAGCAGAAUCUGAGAAUGUAGAUAUAGCAGGAUGGGUUUGUAAAACCAUGGAUAUUCAACCAAAUUCCUCUAAUAAAUGAGAUAUACAAUUAUUUUCCUACUACAAGAGUGAUUUAAAUGUGCAUGCAUUUAUUUGCAUUAACUAAUGCACAGUUAUUCUACGAAUAAGAAGUAAUAUAAUCCAUACAUUUAUCAAAUUUAGCUUAAAGCAGUUAAAUUUUUUUAUCAUAAAAUAGGACGAAUAAAAGCUGGAACAAACACUAUAAUGUUAUUAUUACAUGUUUAAAAGAAUUCUUAAAAUAUUUGUAAAGAAUCUGUUACUUGUAGCUUUUAUUUGUCCAAUUAAUUAGCAUAUAAUCAAUAGAACUUUAAUUAUCCAAGCUUUAAUAAAAUACAGUGAAUUCAAGUGAAAACCAGCGUUUCUUGUAAAUAUAUUUGCAUAUCUUAAGAUUAUUUCAUUUAAUAGCAAGUGCAGGUUUAUAAGAAUUGUAAUUUUUCUUUGUGUAAUUAUUGUAUAUAAAAAUGCUCAACAUAUGUCCAUUCAGUUUUAGCUAAUAAGUCAUUCCCAUUUAAUUUUAAUUUAAUAUACUUUAUUUAAACCAAAUUUAAAUUUUAUCAAAAUAUAGCGAAAUACUUAAAGAAAC